UUUCUUGAGUCACGGAAAACGUAAAUGUGAAAUUUCCCGAAUUAUUCAUUUGUCCAACUAAUGAUGACAUAUGUAAAUAGAGGCUUGCAUUGAGAAAGACAGAAUUACUGGCACAAAAAAAAAAAUCAAUGACAGAUGUUUGCACUCGGACACAGCAAGACAACAAAAGUGCAGAAGGCUGUGUCCUCCCUCAUGGCUGAUUCGGCUGAAGUCUUCUAUGUCGGAGUGGAUGUGGGCACUGCCAGUGUGAGGGCUGCUCUCGUGACCAGAGACGGUCAUUUGAAGACCUCUGCUCAGGAGCCCAUUACCAUCUGGGAACCUCACAGUGACCAUUAUGUACAGUCUUCUUCUGAGAUUUGGGAGAAAUGCUGCUCCGUUGUCAAGAAAGUGACACGGGGUGUGAACAAGAAACAGGUGAGAGGGGUCGGUUUUGAUGCUACCUGCUCCCUUGUGGUGUUGGACCAAAGCUUCCAGCCUGUAGCAGUUAAUCAGGAUGGAAACAAUCUGAGAAAUGUGGUGAUGUGGAUGGACCAUCGUGCUGCUGAGCAAGCUGCUCGUAUCACAAGCGCAGGCCACAGCGUCCUAAGUAGGGUUGGAGGGGUCAUGUCACCUGAGAUGCAACCACCUAAAUUACUCUGGCUCAAAGAGAACCUAUGGGAAAAUUGCUGGAACAAAGCUGCUCACUUUUUUGACCUGUCAGACUUUCUUUCAUGGAAGGCCACUGGCUCAUUGACCAGAUCCCUUUGUACUCUGGUAUGUAAAUGGACAUAUUGUCCCCCUGAGGGUUGGGAUGUGAGUUUUUGGACUUCAAUAGGAUUGGAGGAUCUGACUCAAAACAACUUUUCCAAAAUAGGCAGCAUGACGUGUUCUCCCGGUAGUCCUCUUGGGGAUGGGCUGACUCAGGGGGCAGCAGCAGAUUUGGGUCUAGAUCCAGGAACUGCUGUGGGGGCUUCGCUUCUUGACGCUCAUGCUGGUGGCCUUGGUAUGAUUGGAGCAGACGUAAAAGGCUUUCGACUGCCAUGUGAGAACCAGCCGAUCACCACGCGCAUGGCCAUGAUCUGCGGGACAUCAUCUUGUCACAUGGCGAUCAGUGAGCAGCCGUUGUUUGUGCCAGGAGUGUGGGGUCCCUACUUGUCUGCCAUGGUACCGGACUUGUGGCUUAACGAGGGAGGACAGAGUGUCGCGGGACGUCUGAUUGACCACAUGGUGAACGGUCAUGUCGCUUACACGCAGCUCCAGGAAAAGGUGCGGCAGAGUUGUUAUACCUCAGGUGGCGGCAUCUACAGCUAUCUGAACAGCCACCUACGUCUAAUGGCUUCAUCGUGUUCAGCCGUUGACUUGCUGGGCUCGAGUCUUCACGUGUGGCCAGACUUUCACGGGAACAGGUCACCAUUGGCUGACCCCACCCUAAGGGGCAUGGUGGUGGGAUUGUCUCUUUCUCAAACUCUGGAUGAUUUGGCUUUACUCUACUUGGUGACCAUACAAGCUCUGGCGCUUGGUACUCUGCAUAUACUGGAGGCCAUGAAAGAAGCUGGCCAUGACAUUAAGACCAUUUUUUUAUGUGGAGGAUUGAGCAAGAACAGCUUGUUUGUGCAGACUCAUGCCAACGCAACAGGGUUGCCUGUGGUGUUGCCUGAACAGACCGAGGCUGUAUUGGUAGGAACAGCAAUUCUUGGAGCGUGUGCAUCCCAUGACCAUGGCACUAUACAGGAGGCGAUGGUGAAAAUGGCUAAAGUGGGAAAAGUUGUUGAGCCUGAUCACAGCCUUCAGAGAUUUUACCAAAGAAAGUACCAAGUGUUCCGGUGCCUUGUUGCCCACCAGAGGGAGUACCAAGCCCUCAUGAACACUUUUGGGACAACUCUAUAAGUAGAAGUAAAAAAAAGUACAUUUGGAAAUGUACUUAACUUGAAUAUAAAGAAAUCUGCACACAAAUGAACUUUCCUCUUGCAUGAUGCAAAA